UAAACGGGAGAGAGAUAGAUCGUACUAGCUCCCAGCCUCACGACGACUCUGCUCUGCUCUGCCAUUUGAAAAGAAAGGAGGUGAGGCGCUGUUUUUCUGCGCUGGGCGGGCGGCGGGCGACUUUGAUGUGCUACGAGCUGGCGGACCAACGUGGACUGCACGGCAGCGGCGGCCGGACGGUGAAGGGCGAGGGCAGCUCCGGGGCGCCGUCGGGAAUGACGACAAUGGCGAGCCCGGCGGACUUCAUGUCGGGCUACUACCAGGCGCAGGAGAUGUCGACGAUGGUGUCGGCGCUGUCGCGGGUCGUGGCGGAGGACGACCCGUGGGCGCCGUCCGGCUCCGGCGCCGGGGCGGAGGGGUGGGGCUGGGAGGAGCAGCAGGCAAUGCACGCCGCCGGAGGAGGCGGCUACGUGCACGAGCUGGGGAGCUUCCCCGGCGCGCCAUCUUCAGAGUUCGCAGGGUCGGAUCAGAGCUCGGACACCCAGAGCGCGAGCGCGAGCGCGGCGACCAUGGAGGAACACCGCUCCCGCUCCCCGGCGUCGUCCAACGUGGAGGCGGCGGAGGCGCCGCGCCGGCGGUACCGAGGGGUGCGGCAGCGGCCCUGGGGCAAGUGGGCGGCGGAGAUCCGGGACCCGCACAAGGCGGCGCGCGUCUGGCUCGGCACCUUCGAGACGGCCGAGGCCGCGGCGCGCGCCUACGACGACGCCGCGCUGCGCUUCCGCGGCAGCCGCGCCAAGCUCAACUUCCCCGAGGACGCGCGCCUGCACCCGGCCACCGUCGCCCCCGCCGCCGCGCCGGCCCGUGUGCCGAUCGCCGCGGCGUCGGCCUCGACGCCCGGCAUGUACGCCGGCGCCGGGCCGGCCUCCGACUACCUGCGCUACCAGAUGCUCCUGCAGGGCAGAGGCGCCGCCGCCAACCAAGGCAACCUUCUCUCGUUCUACGGCGGGGGCGGCGGCGGCGGCGGCAUGUCCAGCUCGUACGGCGGCGGCAUGAGCAGCUCAUAUGGCGGCGGCGGCGGCACCAUGAGCGGUUUCCUGGGCUCCUACUACUCGUUCCCGACCUCCUCCGUCUCGGUGGCCACCGUCCCGUCAUCCUCCUCCGCGUCCUCUGCUCCGGGCCACUACUACUCGUCGCCGCACGACUCGCAGCAGCACCAGCAGCAGCAGGGCAACGCGGCGGCGGAGUGGAGCUGGGAGAGCGCGCUGGCGCCCUACCCGGGGACGACGACGGCGGCCUCCUGGUCCGACUCGAGCCAGCAGCCGUACCACCCGCCGCACACCCAAUAGCGCAGCCGCAAAGCCAAGGCCAAGAUUCUGCGCCGUCUCUGGAAGAAAGAAUAAGUUGUGUACGGAAGGCGACGGAGACGGGCGCAGCAGCAACCAGCAAGCAGAGGAAGGUUGAGAAUGAUGGCGUCACUCACCGAGGGGCAUGUGUUGAUUGACAGCUAUGGGCGUGCUCAUUUUGUUCGUUCGUUGAUUAUUAGUUUGGGAGGUGGUGCGGGUCGCCCCGUUUUUAGUACUUUCUGCUUUGGUUAUUACUGCAAAUUAAAAAAAAUGGAAGAGCGAGCUUGAUGCUUGCAGAUGGGGAUUGGAUACUUUUGGGGAGGUUUAA